AUGUCCUUCACCAUUAAAAUACCCUGCUCUUCGGCAAACAUCGGCCCUGGGUUCGAUGUAAUCGGGCUUGCGCUUUCGAUAUAUCUUGAGCUCCACGUCACACUUGCAACAACUCCUUCCUCUGAAAAAUCGAAGCUUAACUGUUCUGUCACAUAUGAAGGUGAAGGCGCAAGUGAAGUGAGCCUUGACCCUGAAGUCAAUCUUAUCACCCGUGUGGCAUUGUACGUUCUGCGCUGCCAUAACAGCCAUGCCUUCCCUGUCCAAACGCAUGUCCACAUCAAAAAUCCUAUCCCACUGGGUCGAGGGUUGGGAUCGAGCGGUGCAGCGGUCACAGCAGGGGUGGUGCUAGGAAAUGAAGUUGGUAAAUUAGGCUUGAAUAAAGCCAGAAUGCUGGAUUAUUGUUUAAUGAUUGAACGCCAUCCUGACAACGUUGCGGCCGCUCUGUAUGGCGGAUUUGUGGGAACAUAUCUUCGUGAAUUAAAACCUGAAGACCUUGCUUGGAAGGAAAUUCCACUUAGCGAAGUUCUUCCUGCGCCUGCUGGAGGAAUAGAUACUGGAAUCAAACCUCCAGAGCCACCUAUAGGAAUUGGUCAUUACAAGAGAUUUCCUUGGGCAAAGCAAAUAAAAGCCAUCACCAUUAUUCCAGCUUUUGAAUUACCCACAGCCAAAGCCCGAGAAGUUCUGCCAGAGACAUACUCUCGUGCUGAUGUGAUCUAUAACCUUCAACGCGCAACCCUCCUCCCGUCCGCCCUUAGCCAAGAACCUCUUGACCCAGACAUGAUUUACCUUGCCAUGCAAGACAAGGUCCACCAGCCAUACCGAAAACACCUUAUCCCCGGCCUCACUGAAAUCUUGCAUUCAAUGAAGCCGAGCACCCAGCCGGGGCUACUGGGCAUAUGCCUAUCAGGUGCAGGCCCAACAAUACUGGCGUUGGCAACAGACAAUUUUACAGAUAUUGCAAACCAGAUUGUAAGUGUAUUCAAGGAACAUGGGAUCUCGUGUCAGUGGAAGCUACUGGAACCAGCGGAAGAUGGUGCAACAGUUACCAGCACAAAUUAG